AUGGCCAAGCGUGGCGGCCGCAGUGGCACCACAGCCAGUGUCCUCCCAGCCCGUGCGGAAGGUUAUGACAGGUUGGGAAGAAUGAUGGGGAUGCUGCCCGAGAUGACGGCCUUUCGGCGGUUUGGCGCGCUGUCCGCCGAGGACCUCUUGUACAGACAAGCUGAGCUCGUGGAACUCGAGAGAAGUCUUCGGGAGUACCAGCAGGAUGACAAAGGCUCCGGGCAUCCAGACCGGGAGCACUAUGCCCGCAACUGGGACAAGCUGCAGCGGUCGGGAGACAGCGACGUCGAUGAGGGGAACGACGGCUUGCAGUGGGAGACCAUUCUUGAGAUCAGGCAAAAGCUGAAGGAGUAUCAGGAGGCUCUGAUUCGACAUCGUCAAGUGUUGGAGCUGCGUCAGCCCCUCCCCUCCCAAAUAAAGGCCCUCGACGAAUGGAUGCGGCGGCCAAGCAUGGGUAAUGUCUACCUGGAAGGUCCAGACCGCAAAAUCUGGAGCGAGCCCAACCUCGAGGACAUGGUCACGCUCAUCCCGCAGCCACCCGACGAGAACUUCACAACCGAGUUUACUGUCAAGCUUGUUCACCAAUACAACAAAUUGCUGGGAAGACACAUCCACGUACGUACGGACCCGAUUCUUCGAGACCGACCAGCCACGUGCUGA